AUGGCAUCAACCACCACCACAAUUUCCGGCAAGGCCGUCAACCCCAUCGGCUACGGCCUCAUAUCCCUCAUGCACCCAGGCCGAGUCUCACCCGCCGACGCAAUCAAGACCCUCAAAGCCGCUCUGAACGCCGGCUCCAACUUCUGGAACGCAUCCGACUACUACGGGACUCCAGAAUACAACUCCCUGCACCUCCUCAACGCCUAUUUCACGCAAUACCCCGAAGACGCGGACAAGGUGGUUGUGAGCGUGAAGAGCUGCAUCGACGUCCGGAACGGAAUCCCUCACUGCGAUCCGGAGAGUGUGCGGCAAAACGUGGAGAAGUGCCUGGCGAUUCUGGACGGGAAGUGUAGGCUUGAUGUGUUUGCACCAGGGAGGCUGGAUCCCGACGGGAGCGUCGAGGAGACUGUGGCGGCGAUUCAGGAGUUUGUCGAUGCUGGAAAAAUCGGCGGCGUGGGGUUGAGUGAAUGCAUUGGGGCAUCGUUGAGGAAGGCGAGCAAAGUGGCGAAGAUCCAGACUGUGGAGGUCGAGUUGAGUCUUUUCGAGAACAGGGGGAUUUACGAGAAUGGGGUCGCAGAUGCGUGUCGGGAGUUUGGGAUCCCUAUCGUGGCGUAUAGUCCCAUCGGAAGGGGGUUCUUGACGGGGCAGUAUAGGAAGUUUGAGGAUUUGGGGGAGACUGAUUAUAGGAAGAUGUUUCCGCGGUUCGCGAAGGAGCAUUUCGACAAUAAUAUGCAGAUUUUGCAUGCGGCGGAGGAGGUGGCGAAGAAGAAGGGAUGUUCGACAGUGCAGGUUGCUUUGGCCUGGGUCGUUGCGCAGAGGGGCGUUGUUGGAGCGCCUGUCAUUCCAAUCCCCGGGACGGCAUCGGAAGAGAGGUUGAAGGAGAAUACUGCGGUGGUGCAGUUGGGCGAGGAGGAUCUAGAAGAGUUGAAAGCGGCUUUGGAGAAGGUCGAGGUGCAGGGCGCAAGGUAUUCUGAGAAGCAUGCCAGGUUGUUGAAUAUCUGA